GCGCGGGCAGGCGGGCGGGUAAACACGCAUCAGCUGGCCCAAGGUAAACAAUUCAUGUUGCGUGUCGCGUUUCGUGGAUUGACUUUUGUUUCGAUGCAUUCGAGGUGUUCGUCUUCUCUGCUGCUUCAAGUUUACCUCCUUCACCUACCCGAGGGAGUGAGGCGUGUGUCGUCAAGUUCUACUCGCUGAUUCGGAAGUUGUGCAGUGAUCUUUCAUUCCAUAACUGCCUGAUCAGUGACUUGGUGGUGGUAAAGAGGUGCACUUGUCGGCACCAUGGCUGUGUCUCCGGCCGGGGAUGAGGCUUACACCCGAGUUCAGCUGUUCCCACUGCACAAUGCUGUGGCAUCCAAGAACUUCAAACACGUGCGAGAUCUUGUUGAUGACGGACACGACAUCAACGAACAGCACUAUGACCGUGUGACGCCGCUGCACAUGGCCUGUCUAACCGGGGACCAGCACAUCACCCGCUUCCUGCUGGAGCAUGGUGCCUGGGUCAACGCCCAAAGCAUAGACAACAGUACACCGCUGUGUGAUGCAUGUGCAGGAGGUAGCGUGGACUGUGUGAAGCUACUACUGACCAGUGGGGCACUGGUUAACCCUCCCCUGCUGCCUGCCACACCACUUCAUGAGGCAGCACUCAGAGGUUACACAGACAUUGUGGCACUCCUUGUGACGGCAGGGGCUGACCUCAACGUCAAUGAUCUCCACUAUGGCACACCACUCCAUGCUGCGUGCUCCAUGCAGGCACCCUCAGCAGAUUGUAUAAAGUUUCUACUAAGAGCAGGUGCCAGUGUGAAUGCCAUAAAGAACCACAAGACUCCACUUCACUAUAUUGCAAUGUACAGCAAGAGUGUGGAGGCGACACAGCUUCUCCUGGCUUACGGCGCUAAUGCCUACAUGCAAGACAGCCAUGGGUGCACUGCCCGACAUCUGGCCGGUCCAUCCUCUGCCAUGGCCAAGGUGCUAGCAGCCCAUGAGAAGUGUCCGCCGUCCCUCACCCAAUGCUGCCGGCUGGCCAUCAGGUCACAGCUGGGGCCUGCCAGACUGCAGCACAUCACCCAGCUGGAGGCACCCUCAGUCCUGAUUGGCUUCCUACAGUAGUACAUAAAGCCCUUCUAUUUUUUCCUAGUCUAUCAAAUUUAUAUCAAAAUUUAUAGAUUUAUUAAUUGGUAAAGCCUUUGUAUUAAUCAUACUGUAUAUGAGUUCUAUUAUUUUUGUGUUGAUUAUAAUAUA